AUAAAAACAAAGACCAACAACCCUGGUCCUCACUCCUUUGUCUCGCCUUGCCGUCGCCGGAGUCUCGCCCUUCACCGUGAGCUGCUGACGGAGUCAGGGUCAUGCUGCCGCUGCCGCCACAUAUUCCCCUCGCCGUUGCUUAAGGUCUGCAUUCUACAGGUAAAAUAUACGACAUCUCACUUCUCCAACAGCACUGCAUCUUCCACACUUGGGUACUCCCUCCAUAUUCACAACUUAAAAUUAUUGAGCUCCACGACCCUAUUACAGAAUCAAUUCCAUCAAAUGUUGUUCAAGACGUGUGCUUGCUCCUUAUUGGCCAUGACAGUUUAUGCCAUCUUCUACAACUAUACCCACAAAACACUUACUCUCACGAGUUCAGAGGUUCCUACCCAAAUCAUGGAAACAACCCACCAAACAGUUUGACAAACUCUAUGCCUUCACUAAUGCAUCUAUGGUUGGUGUUCUUGUUGCAGCUCUCAAGGACUUCGUCAAACAAGCCAACUUGUCUAACGCAUUCAAAACCUUCUUUCAAAUACAGCAACAUGCAGCACCAUCACCUUCUACUGCUUCUUCUUCCUAUAUCUUGUUACACCCCAUUAGUUCUCUUCUCUUGGGCUGCACUAACCUUAAAUCAUUGCCACAGGGUAAGCAGCUUCAUACCCAAGUCAUUUCAUUGGGUCUUGAUCAACACCCUGUUUUGGUUUCAAGGCUCACUAAUUUUUACACUAGUUUCACUCUCCUUGCUGAUGCUAAUGUUGUUGUUGAGAGCUCCACUAGUUUGGAUCCAUUGCCUUGGAAUAUGGUUAUAUCUUCCUAUGUUAGAAAUGGGCUCUUUAUGGAGGGUCUUUCUGUGUAUAAGAAAAUGGUGAAUAAGAGGAUUGAACCUGACGAUUUCACUUACCCUUCUGUUCUAAAGGCUUGUGGGGAAUUGUUAGAUUUUGCUAUUGGUGUGGAGGUUCAUAAGUCUAUUGAGGCUAGCUCAAUUGGGUGGAGCUUGUUUGUGCACAAUGCAUUGGUCUCUAUGUAUGGUAGGUUUGGGGAAUUGAAGGUUGCUCGCCAAAUAUUCGAUAAAAUGCACCAUAGGGAUGAUGUUUCUUGGAACACUAUGAUCAAUUGUUAUGCUUCAAGGGGGAUGUGGGAGGAAGCGUUUUGGCUAUUUGGAUGCAUGCAAGAGGAGGGUGUUGAAAUGAAUGUGAUCAUUUGGAAUACCAUUGCUGGAGGGUGCUUGCAUUCAGGAAAUUUUAGUGGGGCACUUCAGAUGCUUUCUCAGAUGAGAACUAAAAUUCAUUUGGACAAUGUUGCGGUGGUUGUUGGAUUGAAUGCAUGUUCCCACAUUGGAGCCCUUAAAUUGGGAAAGGAGAUUCAUGGUCAUGCUGUAAGGACAUGCUUAGAUGCAUUUGAAAACGUAAGAAAUGCAUUAAUUACAAUGUAUUCCAGAUGUAGUGAUCUCAGGCAUGCAUAUAUAAUGUUCCACAGAAUGGAAGACAAGGGUUUAGUUACUUGGAAUGCGAUGCUUUCUGGAUAUGCACACAUGGAUCAAUCUGAGGAAGUCUCACUCCUUUUCAGAGAAAUGUUACACAAGGGUGUUGAACCAAAUUUUGUAACCAUUGCAAGUGUUCUUCCCCUUUGUGCUCGCAUAGCGAAUCUGCAACAUGGCAGGGAGUUUCAUGGCUACAUCAUGAAGCGCGAAGAGUUUGAUAAGUAUUUAUUAUUGUGGAACGCUCUGGUGGACAUGUAUGCGAGGUCUGGCAAAGUCUUAGAAGCCAGAAGAGUGUUUGAUUCGCUGAGUACAAGAGAUGAAGUCACAUAUACUUCCAUGAUCUUGGGGUACGGUAUGAAGGGAGAAGGACAAACUGCUCUAAAACUAUUUGAAGAGAUGUGCAAGUUGAAGAUUAAACCAGAUCAUGUAACAAUGGUUGCAGUUUUAACAGCUUGCAGCCAUUCUGGUCUUGUAUCUCAGGGUCAGUUACUCUUUAAACAGAUGAUAGAUGUUCAUGGGAUGAUACCGCGCCUUGAGCACUUUGCUUGCAUGGUUGAUCUCUAUGGAAGGGCUGGCCAUCUGAACAAAGCAAGGGAUGUUAUUACUGGGAUGCCAUGCAAGCCAACUUCCGCAAUGUGGGCAACACUCAUUGGAGCUUGUCGAAUCCAUGGAAACACAAUGAUGGGGGAAUGGGCUGCAGGAAAAUUGAUGGAAAUGAAAUCUGAUCACUCAGGUUAUUAUGUGUUGAUUGCGAAUAUGUAUGCGGACGCUGGUUGUUGGAGCAAGCUUGCAGAAGUGAGGAGUUACAUGAAGAACAUGGGUGUGAGAAAGGCACCAGGCUGUGCUUGGGUUGAUGUUGGCAAUGAGUUUUCUCCAUUUGUGGUGGGAGAUACUUCCAACCCUCAUGCUUAUGAGAUCUACCCCUUAAUAGAUGGACUCAAUGAAGUGAUGAAAGAUGCUGGUUAUGUAAGUAAUGAGGAGAUUGUUUCAUCCGAGGAAGAUUUUGAAGAGUUGAAUGUUGUAGGAAGUGUAUACUAAAUUAUAUAGAUUGCUGUUCUUGUAUUUUUGACCCAAGCAAUGUUUUAAUGCAUCGCUUAAAGUUUCUGAAAAUUUGUUUAACAAGUUGUAUAUAUCAAGACGAUUAGAAAAAAAAAUGAAGAAUGAUU